AAAAUAGAUUUAAGUACUAUUGAAGAGCAACGGCACGGCUUGCUGCAUUAGAAUUCCGUCCCGUUCAAGUGUACUAUAUAAUAGGCUGCAAAAAAAAACAAAUUAUCCUACUCAUGUUGACAUUAUUCAAAUACUAAAGAAAAAUUCAUUAUGAAUCCAAAAAUUCCUUCUAAAACGUGUGCAGAUUGGAAACAAUUAUUCCAGGGCCAAUACCCUGGCAAACCAAGCUUUACUGAAGACAAGUAUCCAGAUUUAAAGGGUAAGGUUGUAAUUGUUACUGGUGGUAAUUCCGGAGUUGGUUAUCAAACAGUUAAAUCUUUGGCUGGUAGUACCGAAGCGAGAAUUUACAUUUUUUCCAGAAAUGAACAAAAGAGUUUGGAUGCAAUUGCCCAAAUUCGUAAAGAGGUUGCCCAAGAGUAUAAAGUAUUCAACCCCGAUAUCCACUUUGUCAAGGUUGACUUGAGUGAUUUGACUACGGUUAAACCUGCAGUUGAAGAAUUCUGUAAACGCGAAACUAGAUUGGAUAUUAUCAUUCACAACGCAGGAGUCUUGAUGCCACCUACAGGCAGCAAAUCUGCUCAAGGGUAUGAAUUGCAAUUAGGUACAAACGUAAUUGGACCCCAUUUAUUACAAAGACUCUUGGAUCCAAUCUUUAUUAAGACUUCUAAGACGAAUAAGCCUGGAGAAUCAAGAAUCGUUUGGGUAUCAUCUUCGUUCCAUUUUUUUGCUCCACAGGGUGGGUUUUUCUGGGAUGACUUAAACUAUGAGCAAGUUAAGAGUAUGUUUUUGUCGCGAUACUAUGCCGUAACCUUGUAUGGACAAAGCAAGGCCGGUACUGUUAUCCAAGCAAGAACGUGGUCACUCAAGCAUAAUGCUCCUAAUGUGAUCAGUAGUUCCGUAUGCCCAGGUUAUUUAAAGACUGGGUUACAAAAGGAUUGUACCAUGUUUGAGAAAGUGGUCUUUUGGUUGACCCUUCAUCCUGCACGCUAUGGUGCAUAUACUGAACUUUUCGCAGCCUUGUCUCCUGAUGUGAAGAACAGAUCUCAUAGUAUUGCCUAUGGUAGACAAAGCCAUGUAAGAAAAGAUCUCAUGGAUGAAAAGACUUGUGAUAAAGUUUGGAAGUACCUUGAUAAGGUGACUGACACAUAUGUUUAGUUUUGUGUUUCACUCUAUAUAGUUGUUUUUAUAUGUAGUGAAUAUUAGUUUGAUUG